AUGACCGAGGAACAAAACCAAGAGUCUACAGAGGUUGUUUUAAAAGACGAGGAAGUUGAGCAACAAGAGCGCCAAGAGUUGGAGGAUUUGCACGAGCCUCAAGAACCCCUUGAAGCCGCAGAGUCGUCACAGGCCGCGGAAAUUGCUGACGGCGCGGACUUGGCAGACUCGGAAAAUGCUGCAGAAGUCGCAGGCACGGGAGACCCUACGGUGGAUGAAGAGAACUUGAAAUUGGCACCACAUCAGCCAAGUAAUCAACGGGAAAUCGAUGCACGGUCAAUCUACGUUGGUAACGUGGACUACACGGCAGUUCCUAACGAUUUGAAAGACUUUUUUGGAGAAUGUGGUGUAGUUAACAGAGUUACCAUAUUGUAUAAUAGAUACACUGGAAGACCCAAGGGCUAUUCCUACGUUGAAUUUGAGGACAAGUCGUCCGUGGAUCCUGCCGUUGCUUUGAACGGAUCGGAAUUUAUAGGCCGAGCAUUGACGAUUGUUCAGAAAAGAACAAACUAUCCGGGUUUGGGAAAGACUGGACGAGGCCAUGAACCUCCAUCUAGUGGCCCUAAUGAUUCGUCAAUUAUCGCCUAG